AUGUCAGUCUUUCAACAUAAACAUAUUCAAGUAUCUUGUCAAGGAAUAAAUAAAUCUAUAUCAAAUUUUAAUCAUUUAACUACAGUUGCUGAUAUUAUUCAUGCAUUACUUAAUGAUCUAUCUGAAAAUGAUUAUUUAACUAUAAAUGAUUGUUGUUUAUAUAUUGAACAACAACCAUAUUUAUAUGCUUUAAAACCUACAGAUUUUAUUCAAGAUAUUCUUUCUAAUUAUUCAACAUUAGAUAUUCAUUUUAAACUAGCAUUUAAACGUACUUCUUCACCAUCACGUUUAGCUCAACGUAAAAAACUUGUUCGUACAUCAAUACAACAACCCACAUCAGUAAUAAAUCCAUAUGAACAAUUAAGAAUACAAGAAUUAUUAAUACAAAAACAACAAGAAAUAAUUAAUCAAUUAACAAAAUCAAAUGCUGAAAAUAGAAUAUCGAAUGUAAAUACAAGACAAUCACGUCAAGAUGAAUAUUAUCAAGCUGUUAAUCGUGAAGAUACAAGUCGAUCAUUAUCACGCGUACGAUUUCGUCUAUCAACAGUAACUCGAAAACAUGAAAUAUCAUCACCAUCAACAAUCGAAGUGAAAAGUAUUUUAAAAAAAUCAUCAAUUCAACGAAGUUCAAGUGUUGAUCGUGAUAUUGAUCAAUUAAUAUUACUUCAACCAGGAGAAAAUAGUUUUUGUACAUCCGAUGAUGAUAAUCUAUCUGAACAAAGUACAACAGAUUCAUGUUUAGGUUCACUAUCAUCAAAUGAAAGUGUUUAUCAUUGUCAUUCUCUAGAAACACUUGUAUGA